UCUCAUUACUGUCCGCCGUAUAUGCGCCCGACGAAGACGUGCACACGGUAACGCGUCGAACGCUACGCAGCCGCCAGCCAGCCACCUCCGGCCAGAUCGUCGAGACCACCGCGAAUCAGGCACCGGCGCAGCCACCGCGCAUCACGGCGGCCAACGUACGGGCGAACCGGGGCUGCGGUGGUGGUGGCUGCUCCAUCGCGAUGCCAUCGCUGCACCAGGCUGCACUGCUGGUGCUGAUGCUGCUGACCGUCACCCGUGAUGGACUUGCGGCGCCCGACAUCACCAUGUCCAUACACGGCGACCUAGCCGGUAGUGGGACGCCGAGCUCUUUCACGGUCAAUCAGGUUUACACUUUAAUUUCCAAUAUCGAAUUCAGACUAAGAGAUUUGUCAAAUACAUUAAGACGGGACCAACAAACGGAAAGGAUCAAUUCCAGGAUAGAUGUGAUAUUCAACAAGCUCAAUCAUUUAGAAGUGUCCAACGAAAUGUGGUUCGAUAAAUUUCAACAGUCGGUGAUGGAGGAAUGUGGUCCGAACCACAUGACCAGACGUCUCGACAAGGCUCAACAACAACUAGAGAUUACAUUAGAACAUAUGGAGACCACACUACAGACUGUGCAAAAUCAUCAGAAAGAACUGGAAAAAGAAAUCAAAAAAGUGGUUGACAGACAGACAGAACUGUCUACUGACAUUCAAACUAUGCAAAAAGAUAUGAACUCCGAGUUUGAGAAACACGAUUCUAAUCAGAUUACUUUCAGGAAACAGAUACAAGAUACCAUUGCAAAUUUGUCUCAACAAUCGAAAAUUACGGAUAGAUCAUUGAGUACCUGUUCGUGUAAUCAAGAUAGCGAUUCCAGUCAAAUUCCGGACACAACAACUAACAAUAACAAAUUGACGACAACGAUAAAUAACAUGUACAAUGGACUCAAAGACCGUUCAGAUCACAUAAGCAUCUCACUCAAGGAAUUAACGGAGAACACUGACAAGUAUCGGCGGAGAUUGGACUCUGAUAGACGCGGCGUAAUUAACGAGUUUUUGGACAGUUUUUUGGAAGCGGCCAUCGACAAAAUAACAACGAUCCAGAAAAAUUCAGAAAACGAACUCGAAGCUAAGUUCAAAGAACACUUGCAAUUGCUCAUAGAUGGACAAAACUUGUUCAUGGACAAUUGUCACAGGUUGCAAUCAAAUGAACGACAAAUCGAGAAUGACAUGGUCGAUAUAUUGGAGAGGAUAUUAGACCGUAUUGAUAACAAGAGUAAGUCCGAGAGCACAACCUUGGAACAAAUACCGAAAACGUUGAAAACCCAAAGUAGUCUGGAGGAGAAAAUGUUCGGGGAACUGUCGGAACUCAUCAAAACACAGUCUGAUCAGGUGACUAGAACAGUGGCCUACUCAACCAACCAAGUCUUAAAGUUACACCAGGACUUAACGAACAUUUCCAACGCUCUGAUGACACUUAACAAUGGUGGUGGACUCAAUAAUGUCACCGUCACAACGACGGAUAUGAACGACAGACGGCCUAUGCACAACAUCGGCAACAGUCAUAACAGCACCCCGUCAACUUCAAAAAACAAGCCCAACAUCGAUAAACUUUCAACAACGAUGCCUAAGCAGAACCGUUCUCCACACGAUUAGAAUCAAAAUAAAAAACAAGCGUGAAUAGUACUUACAAUAUAUGCUCCAAUUUCAUUAAAUUUGGCAAAUACAUAUUAAUAUAUUAUUAUUUAUUAUAAUAGUACCUAUAAUACUAUUGAUAUUUAAUAAAAAUAAAUAAACUUAAUAAAAUCGGUCAUUCACUUUAAGUGGAUGUGAUUAUUAUAGUAUUAUGAUCGCUAAAAAAAUCUAAAACAAUGUUAUUUUUUUCAGUACCUUUUGCAAGAGUUCAAAAAAUUUAAUUUGUUGUUUUAUUGUAUUUAAAAAUUUUUAAUAAAAUGCAAUUACUUUUAUCAUUUUAAAUUAUUCAUCUUAGAAUUUCUCAAUAUAACUCAACACACAAAACACAUUUUAAAUUAUUAUUUAUUUUAUAAAAAAUUUAUAUAUAAUAGGUACAUUAUACUUUUUUUUAAACAAUAUAAUAUAACAUAUAGUGUGUACCUGUAUAUGUAUAACUAUGCUCCAACAAUUUAUUAUCAAAAAACAACAUCUUAACGUUGAUUAAAACUAGGUAUAAAUUCAAAACAAAUGCAAUAGUCAUGAGGACACAUAAAAAAAAAAAUUACCAAAGAAUUAACUUUUCAUCUUGAUUUUUUCCCUUGUACAAACAAAUCUUAAGAGUAUUAGAAACAACUAACUAGAAUAUACCUAGUGGGGUAGAUACUAGAUACUAUAGAUAUAUUUUUUCAUUUUAGUAAUUCCUAAGAAAGAUCAUUUUUGGUAAAUCUAUUUUUUUAAAUCUUAUCUAUAUUUGCACUGCAAUUAAAUAAAAUAAUGUAUGUGAUAUAAUAAUAUUAAGUUAAUACGUUCAUAAAGAUGAUUAAUAUCAUACAAAUAUUGUUACCUAAUAAUAUAUGUUAAUUUUUUUUUAAAUAAAUUAUAUGCUAACAAAA